AUGGGGGACGGCGUCUUCGCCCUGGCGGGGCCCUGGCCACCGUUACCCCCCCCCAGGGCACCCACGGGUGCUGCCCCCCCCCCCGUCCCGGCGUGGCGGCGGCGAGUCCGGGGGGGGGCUUGGGGACGCUGGGUACUGGGGACACUGGUGGCCCUGGCACUGGUGGCGGUGGCGGUGCAGGGCUGGGUGCUGGCGGGGGUCCGGGGGGAGCUGCAGAGGGUGACAGCGCGGCUGCAGAUAGCCGGCGCCGACGUCUCAUCCCAACCCAACGGGUCCCUUCGGUGGGAACCCGGCAAAUCGUGGGCCUUCAUCCGAGGUCUGGGCUACCGCGGCGGCUCCCUCGUUUGCCGUCAGCCCGGUCUCUACUUCGUCUACGCCAAGGUGCAGCUGGGUGCUCCUGGGUGCCCGGCGCGUGCCGCCACCCUCCACGGCAUCCACAAGCGAACGCCCCGUUACCCCGGUGUCCUCGAUCUCCUGGUGAAUAAGGUGGUUUAUUGUCCCCAAGCCCACCAGGUCCCCUGGGCCCGGAACAGCUUUUUGGGGGGACUCGUGCGCCUCGAAACGGGGGAUGAGGUUUUCACCCAGGUGCAGGCACCCGAGCUGGUGCGGGCAGUGGAUGGCACCCGUUCCUAUUUUGGGAUGUUUAUGGUGUAG